UUUAACCUUUAUUAUACAAUGUUCAGAAGUGUAUUAAUAAAAUCAAGAAAUGCUAAAAAGCUUUUCUCGUGUGAACUACGUGCUGUCAACAGUAGAAGUAAUCACACAGAGACUGCAACUGGUGACAAAGAAAAUAAACAAACCCACUUUGGUUUCGAAACUGUAGAUGAAGGAGAGAAAUGGAAAAAAGUGCAUGAAGUAUUUGAAAAUGUAGCUGACAAAUAUGAUCUCAUGAAUGAUGUGAUGUCUUUUGGUAUCCAUCGACUUUGGAAGGACAUCUUCAUCCAACGGUUGGCACCCACGCCUGGCACGAGACUGCUGGACAUGGCUGGAGGCACUGGUGACAUAACCUUCAGGUACAUAAACUACCUGAAAAACCUCGGCGAGGCGGGCGGCCGUCGCAGCGCCGUCACUGUCUGCGACAUCAACCAGCACAUGCUGGACGUCGGCCAACUCAGAGCACAGAAGCAAGGGUAUACCAAAGACAAUGCAGUGGAUAUAGAAUGGGUGUGCGAAAACGCUGAGCAACUGUCUCUCCCGGAUGACUCAUACACUGCAUACACCAUCGCAUUUGGCAUCAGAAACUGUACACACGUCGAUAAGGUUCUGGAGGAGGCAUACAGGGUGCUCGCGCCCGGCGGCCGGUUUAUGUGCUUGGAGUUCAGUCACAUACCCAACGACGCAGUGCAAUGGGUAUAUGAUCGGUACUCGUUCCAGCUGAUACCUGUGCUGGGUCAGCUGAUAGCCGGCCAGUGGAAACCUUACCAGUAUCUAGUUGAGAGCAUCAGACAGUUUCCAAAUCAGGAAAAAUUCAAGUCUAUGAUCGAGGAUGCUGGAUUUAGACAAGUCACAUAUGAAAAUCUUACAUUGGGAACUUGCGCUAUCCAUUCAGGGUUUAAAAUAUAAUAUUUAUUGUUAUAAAGGCAGGUAUACAC